UCCCGAACCUUCCCAUUUUCAACCAUCUCUUUUUCGCACUUCUCAAAUGGCUUUAGCUUUUGGUUUCAUUCUCAUCGGUUUUGGUCUCGGAGUAGUGGCCGUUGUUGCUGCCGAAGCUCUGGGACUGUUAUGGAUCAUGAAAUGGUUGCGCCGCAAGACCAUUAGAGAAGAAGCCAAAUCCCAACUGGGUGCUGCAUCUGCACAGCUUGAUCCUCACCAAUCUCUGGAUUUUGCGAUUAAAAAAAAGGGUGUGGUUUGGGUUCUUGAAUCUGAAAAAAUUUCGAAAUUCUGCUUGGACAAACCAUCAAGAGAACAAAAAAGAAAUAAGGAGCUCUUGGAGGUUUCCCCCAUUAAAAUGUAUGGACAAAUCAAGGGUCAAUCACUUAUUCUGAGAGGAUCUGAUGGUUUGCACUCAACAAUUGAACUCAAGGGCUGCUCUGUUCAAGCUGUCUCAGCUUCAAGCCUUUCUUCAAGAAAAUGGGCAAAAAAGUUCCCCAUCAAAGUGGAAAGCAAGACCUCUGUAAUAUACAAUGGAAGCAAAACUGUUUACAUAUAUCUUGAAACUUCAUGGGAGAAAGAAGCAUGGUGUAAGGCCCUCUAUCUGGCUUCGUGUGUUCAAAAUGAAAAAAUCAAAUGGUUCAACCAGUUGCAUGAAGAGUUUCAUAGUUAUCUGACAUCCUUAAAUUCUGUGUAUCAUUCUUUUAUGAAACCAUCGGUAGGAUCAAGUGUUGAGGCAAUAGAAAGGGCUAGUAAGCCUGAUGGUUCUUCCUCAAAGGUUCGUCAAUUUUUGAAAAAAUUUGUAAAAAGAACUUCCCGAGUUGGUUUGGAAAAUAAAUCAACUUGGACUUCGUUGUCAGGCCAUGAAGGGAAAAAAAACACUGAAAAGCUUCGUGCUUGCCAAGAUGCAGUUUUGGCCAGUGGCUUGUUGAAAGCUACUUCAACAUCAAAGCAUCUUAAUAGUUCCCUGGUAAACGAUCCUCCACCAUUAUCUUCAAAGAUAUCUCAUUCAGGAAGCCAGAGUCUUCACUCUGUCGGCUCUGAUGCGAAUGCUGAUGAGAAGUUUGGUAUUGAUGAGGGAACAUUAUGUUUGAAUUUGUUGAUUUCCCGACUCUUUUUUGAUGCCAAAGGCAACACCCAGUUGAAGAGAUCCAUGCAAGCAAGGAUUCAGCGAACAUUGUCCAAUAUGAAGACUCCCAGUUAUAUUGGUGAAGUCAUCUGUAGCAACAUCAAUACCGGGAAUGUUCCACCUUGCAUUGCAGGAAUGAGAGUUCUUCCUAUGGAAAUGAGUGAGAUAUGGGCCUUAGAAGUUGACAUUGAAUAUUCUGGAGGUGCAGUAUUAGAGAUUGAAACAAGGCUUGAAGUUCAUGAACUAGAGCUCCAAGCAGGGACAGAGGACUCAAAUCCAGAGCCAAGCAGUGAUGGAGUUGUCCCAUCAGAUCUUAUUGAAAGUUUUGAAUAUUUUGGAAAGCAAUUGAAUCUUGCAGAAACAGCAAAUGAUUUACAAGAGCAAAAAGAACAUGGUGAUUGGAACACUGCAGAUGUGUCUAAGAGCUUUAAGCGUGCUAUGUCUUCCUCAAAUUUAGGAGCAAGAUGGAAAUCUAUAUUAAAUUCUGUUGCCAAACAGGUUUCACAGGUCCCUCUCUCUUUGGCAAUAAGAGUGGCUUCCCUCAGAGGGACAUUGCGUUUGCAUAUAAAGCCACCUCCAUCUGAUCAUUUGUGGUAUGGUUUCACAUCAAUGCCAGACAUAGAUUUCAACUUGGAGUCGUCUGUUGGAGAACAUAAGAUAACUAGUGGUCACUUUGCUUUGUUCCUGGUCAAUAGGCUAAAGACAGUAAUUCGGGAGACCUUAGUGCUCCCAAAUUGUGAAAGCGUAUCUAUCCCAUGGAUGUUAGCCGAAAAGGAUGAUUGGGUUCCUCGGAAUGUUGCUCCAUUCAAAUGGAUUAGCCAAAAAUUUGGGAAUGAGACUUCCACUUCAAUUGAUACCAAUAAUCAACCUUCUGGUGGAGUGGAAGCUAGUGCAAGCAUCUCAAGUAAUGGUCGAGAGUAUAAACAACAAAAACCUAAGAGUGCUGAGUCUAGUCAAGAACCAGCUAGCAAAUCAUCAGAUUCGGUAGCACUUCCAUUAAGUUCCUCUCGUUCACCAACACUAGAGAGAAGCAGGAGUUUGGAAGAACUGACAACGCCUUUGUUAGAGAAUGACAAAUCACAAGAAACUGGAGAUUUGGAAGAUCUUAGGACACCCUCAUUACAGAAUGACCAACGACUCGAAACUAAAGUACGAGCCAUGGAGAAUAAUUCUGAAUUACAAUCACUACCCGGAAGUGUGGUGUUGGAGAAAGAAAAUCAUUCUAUUGAACAGGAAGAUGGACUGCCAAAGAAAAUGGGGAGAAGGGAAAAGAUGCUUGAUUUAGGGAAGAAGAUGGGCGAGAAAUUGGAAGAGAAAAGGCGUCACAUCGAAGAAAAGAGUAGGCACAUUGUUGAGAAGAUGCGAGGACCAUGAGAAGUAUAAACCAAGUAAAUGGCAGAAUGCAUAUUUGUUGUUCAUGAUCUUUUAAUCAUGUGAGAGACAAGUACUGUCCAUACAAGGAAAGAAUGUGGGGAAUCAGAUAUUGUUUAAUCAAUGAGUUUUACACUUUCUAGGUGCUUAGAAAAUCGAAUGGAACUAGAUAUACGUUAAUUAUCCUUGCACAGAAAGGAUUGUCUAUUCAUUCCAUGACUUGGUCUUGUAAAUUUGCCAUAGCCACAGGUUAC